AAAACCAAAAGAAAAUGGCAAAUGACGAUAUCGAUUCCGAUCGCGAGUGGGAGAAAGAAGUCGAGGCUUUCGAAAAGACAAAAGCCGGCGUCAAGGGACUCGUCGAUUCCGGAAUCUCCAACAUCCCUAGAUUCUUCCUUGUGCCCCAAGGAACCGAGAAGAAGACGAACGAAAAAACCGGUCUUCUUCAAGUCACAAAAAUCCCGAUAAUAGAUUUCGAUCACGGCCUAUCGUGUGGGGCCCGCCGAAGGCCCCAAAUCGUCCGAGAAAUCCGCGAGGCUUGCCGUGAUUGGGGAUUCUUCCAAAUGGUCAACCACGGCGUCCCCACGAGCGCAAUGGAGGCCGUUUUGGACGCCACACGCAAAUUUCACGAGCAACCGAACGAGAUGAAAACGAGCCUCUACUCGUCUAACGGUAGACGGAACGUGAGAUUCUACACCAUAAACGGACACUUGAAGAAACCGGCCGUGGCCGGUUUCAGGGACGCGUUUUCUUGCACGUUCACGGACGAUUAUUUGGAUCCCGACUCGAUUCCUUCUAUUUGCAGGAAAGAAAUAUGUGAAUACAUGAAACACAUGAUGGAGUUAAGGGACGUUUUGUCCGAACUACUUUCGGAGGCUCUGGGGCUGAGCUCGGAUUUCUUGAGCCGAAUGGAGUGCAUGAAAAGCGAAUAUCUUUCGUGUCUUUAUUAUCCGGCAAGCCCACAACCGGACAAGACUUGCGGUACGGUCAACCACUUUGACCCCACGAUUCUAACGGUUUUGGUUCAAGACAAUUGUGGUGGACUUCAAAUACAUCAUGAACAGAAUUGGAUCGACGUGCCUUCAAUUCCGGGUGCUCUCAUAGCCAACAUUGGAGACCUUUUGCAGCUGAUUACAAAUGACAAGUUCAAAAGCGUGGAGCAUAGAGUGGUGGCUAGCUCGAGUAGAAGUCGUGUUUCGACUGCGUGUUUUUUCUAUCCGAGCUCUCAAGAGAUGGUGAAAGCGUGUGGGCCCAUAAAGGAGCUUCUAUCUGAAGAGAAUCCUGCACUUUACAGACACGUCAGCUACAUUGAAUUUGUGACACAUCAUCAGACUAACGUACAUGAAGGUCAGUCGGCUCUUUCCAAUUUUAGAAUCAUGUGAAUUUUUUGAAGUAGAAGAAGUCUGUUAGAAGAAAUUCCAUCAUUUGUGUAAGUUCUUUUAGCAGGAAAAAAAAAUUCCUCAAUUUGUUAAUUUUGUUCUCAAUUUUUUUUUCCCUCUUUUUGAAAGAGCACCAUAAAAUUCUUGUAUUGUUUCAUUCAUGUUGUGUUACUGUAUUACUUAUUCCUGUGAAAACGAUGAGGGACAAAUGACAGUUAUAUCUAUAUGGCAAGAAGAUGUAACAUAUGUUUGGUGUAAAUACAAACAAUCAAUCUCUGAACACUACUGUAAUAGAUUUGAAUACAAAGGAAUAUCAAUUCAAGAUUUCCAGUA